AGAUAAAAAUCUUUUAAAAAAAAAGAACCAAUUAUGAAUAUUUAUUUUAAUUUUCUAUAAUCAUAAAUCUUUUAGAAGUGAUUGUGUUAAUUAUCAAAACAACAGACAGUUCAAGAAUACUUUUAUAUUAUACUAGAGCGAUUUCGAAUAAAAAGGUAGUCAUAGUCGAAUACCCAUCGUAAGAAACAAUGCCUUGACAUUGGUUGCAGGUUUAUACAUUAUUUAAGAAGUGUGAAUAAGAUAUUUAUUCAAGACCUUACAUAAGUACAAUUGAAUGCAAGAGUAUCAUUACCACCGAUGUUGCAACAGCAAAGAAAGGCGUUAAGUUGAAUGGAGUAAGAUUUCCGAAGGCAUUUAUUUAAAUUUGGUUUUACUAGUACUACAAUAAAACAAGUCUAUCCAUUAUAAUCUUUGCCAAAGAAAACGUGAGAAUACAUUAUAGUAUACGAAAAAUAAAUACAAGACAGCUUAUCAUGAAUGAAUUGGACACCCUUCGUCAAGAGGCAGAGACCCUCAAAAAUGCUAUCAGGGAUGCAAGAAAAAAUGCAUGUGAUACAACUCUGGUGCAGGCAACGGCCACAAUGGAACCAAUUGGUCGAAUACAAAUGCGUACAAGACGUACUCUUCGUGGCCAUUUAGCAAAAAUAUAUGCUAUGCAUUGGGGCAGUGAUUCAAGGAAUCUAGUAUCAGCAUCUCAAGAUGGCAAGCUAAUCGUGUGGGAUAGUUAUACCACGAAUAAAGUUCAUGCCAUACCACUACGUUCAUCAUGGGUAAUGACAUGCGCAUACGCACCGUCAGGAAGCUAUGUUGCUUGUGGUGGAUUGGACAAUAUUUGUUCAAUUUACAGUCUUAAAACUAGAGAAGGUAAUGUUCGAGUCAGUAGAGAGCUUCCAGGACAUACCGGCUAUCUUUCUUGCUGUCGUUUUCUGGAUGAUAAUCAAAUUGUGACUAGCUCUGGUGACAUGUCUUGUGCAUUAUGGGACAUCGAGACUGGUCAACAGUGUACCUCAUUUCUUGGGCAUACUGGUGAUGUUAUGUCCUUAUCAUUAGCACCUGACAUGCGCACUUUUGUUUCUGGUGCAUGUGAUGCCAGUGCAAAGCUGUGGGAUAUUCGCGAAGGUUCUUGUAAACAAACUUUUCCAGGUCAUGAAAGCGAUAUUAAUGCCGUUACGUUUUUUCCAAAUGGAUUUGCUUUUGCUACGGGUUCAGAUGAUGCUACUUGUAGACUAUUUGAUAUAAGAGCAGAUCAAGAAUUAGCUAUGUACAGCCACGAUAAUAUCAUUUGUGGAAUCACAAGUGUAUCUUUUAGUAAAAGUGGAAGAUUAUUACUUGCUGGUUAUGAUGAUUUUAAUUGCAACGUUUGGGAUUCUAUGAAAACUGAACGAGCUGGAAUUUUAGCUGGACAUGACAAUCGUGUAUCAUGUUUGGGUGUUACGGAAGAUGGGAUGGCAGUAGCAACUGGAUCUUGGGACUCAUUUCUACGCAUUUGGAACUAAAAUAUAAUAAACAUAAUUAUAUUCUUCAAAGAGUUAAUUUUUAUCAGUCAGAAAAGUACAC